AUGGCGGAUAAGUUUUCUCGAAUACCUGAGCUCGCUAAAACGUCUCGAUACGAGAUUCGACUCGCACCAUGUUUGGAAACAUUUAAACUUAAAGGCUCAGAGAAAAUACAUUUGGAUAUUUUGAAACCAACAAAUUAUUUGAAGCUUUACUCGAAAGGAAUUGAAAUCGAAAAUGCUUCUUUGAAAUUAGCUGAUGGAACGGUUAUUAAAGAGAUUAAAAACGAACUUGAUUGUAAAUGGGAAUUAUUGACAGUUAAUUUUCCGAGUGAGCUACCGCCUCAGAGAAUUGAACUAAAUUUUGAUUUCAACGGCGAAAUUUCCAGUGAAUUAUCGGGUUUUUAUAGGUAA